CCGGGCGGGCGCGCUGCGGAAAGCUGCCGGCUCUCGCCGCGGGGACCCGGACCCGGAGCAUGGGGAGGAGGGGGCGGCUGCCGGGCCACCCGCGCUCCUGCUGACAGCCCCGGCUCCGCGCCUCCUUCCCCGCCAUGGCCCGGCCGCUGCCCGCCCGGGGCUGAGCUCUGCGGACGCAGGUAGGAAGACCUUUGGAAGCUGGUCAGACAAAGCUAUCAUGUUGAGGUUAAGUCAUUCACCCGCCUUUCCUGAAGGUUUUCACCUUUUAAGUAUUGUGGCACUCUUGCUAUUCCAUGUGGACAAAGCAUAUGCAGAAAAUCCAACAGAAGAAGAGCCAAACAACACUGCAGUAUGUACUGGUACAUAUUUUUGCAAACCAGGUGUGAUUUUACCUAUCUGGGAGCCCCAAGACCCUUCAUUUGGCGAUAAAAUUGCUCGAGCUACUGUCUAUUUUGUGGCCAUGGUCUACAUGUUCCUAGGUGUAUCCAUCAUAGCUGACCGCUUCAUGUCCUCUAUAGAAGUCAUUACAUCCCAAGAGCGAGAGAUAACUAUCAAGAAGCCCAAUGGUGAGACCAGCAAAACCACAGUGAGGAUUUGGAACGAGACUGUGUCCAACCUAACGUUGAUGGCUUUGGGUUCUUCAGCCCCUGAGAUUCUACUUUCUGUUAUUGAAGUAUGUGGUCAUGGUUUCACGGCAGGGGAUCUCGGACCGAGCACCAUUGUAGGCAGUGCGGCCUUUAACAUGUUCAUCAUUAUAGCCAUAUGUGUCUAUGUGGUUCCGGAUGGAGAAAUACGGAAGAUUAAGCAUCUAAGAGUGUUUUUUGUGACAGCAGCUUGGAGCAUCUUUGCCUACACUUGGCUUUACCUUAUUUUAUCUGUCAUAUCACCCGGUGUUGUGGAGGUCUGGGAAAGCUUGCUCACUUUCUUCUUCUUUCCCAUUUGUGUGGUGUUUGCAUGGGUAGCUGACCGAAGGCUUUUAUUUUACAAGUAUGUCUACAAGAAGUACAGGGCUGGCAAACAGCGAGGCAUGAUCAUUGAACAUGAGGGUGACCGGCCAUCAUCCAAAGCUGACAUUGAAAUGGACGGUAAAGUGGUUAACUCCCAUGUGGAGAACUUCUUAGAUGGUACCCUGGUUCUGGAGGCAGAUGAGAAGGAUCAAGAUGAUGAGGAAGCAAGGAGGGAAAUGGCUAGAAUCCUGAAGGAGCUGAAGCAGAAGCACCCUGACAAAGAAAUCGAACAGCUGAUUGAAUUAGCCAACUACCAGGUUCUGAGCCAACAGCAAAAGAGCAGAGCCUUUUAUCGCAUUCAGGCUACUCGGCUAAUGACGGGUGCUGGCAACAUUUUGAAGAGACAUGCUGCGGAUCAGGCACGGAAAGCUGUCAGCAUGCAUGAGGUCAACUGUGAAGUGGUGGAAAAUGACCCUGUCAGUAAGAUCUACUUUGAGCAGAUCACCUACCAGUGUCUCGAGAACUGUGGCACGGUAGCUUUGACCAUUGUUCGCAGAGGUGGUGACUUGACCCACGUCGUGCACGUUGACUUCAGAACAGAAGAUGGCACGGCCAACGCAGGGUCUGAUUAUGAGUUUACCGAAGGGACAGUGGUCUUCAAGCCUGGCGAGACACAGAAGGAAAUCCGCGUUGGCAUAAUUGACGACGAUAUCUUUGAGGAGGAUGAGAACUUCCUCGUUCACCUCAGCAAUGUGCAAGUGAGCACUGAAGCGUUGGAUGAAGGAAUUCUGAAGGCCAACCACGUCGCAACGCUUGCCUGCCUGGGGUCGCCCUGCACUGCCACCGUUACCAUCUUUGAUGAUGAUCAUGCGGGCAUCUUUACCUUUGAGGAGCCGGUCACUCACGUGAGCGAGAGCAUUGGAACCAUGGAAGUGAAAGUGCUGAGAACGUCCGGCGCUCGAGGAAAUGUUGUUGUGCCCUACAAAACCGUUGAAGGCUCAGCCAGAGGGGGAGGAGAGGACUUUGAGGAUACUUGUGGGGAGCUUGAAUUCCAGAAUGACGAGAUUGUCAAAACGAUAUCAGUCAAAAUAAUUGAUGAUGAGGAGUAUGAGAAAAACAAGACCUUCUACCUUGAGAUUGGGGAGCCCCGUCUGGUGGAGAUGAGUGAGAAGAAAGCCCUGUUGUUGAAUGAGCUUGGUGGCUUCACAAUAACAGGGAAACUUCUGAAUGGCAAGCCUGUCUUCAGGAAGGUCCAUGCUAGAGAACAUCCAAUUCCUUCUACUGUAAUCAGCAUUCAAGAAGAGAAUGAAGAGAAACAGCCGCUGACGAGCAAAGAGGAGGAAGAGCGCCGCAUUGCAGAAAUGGGACGCCCAGUACUGGGAGAACAUACCAAACUAGAAGUCAUUAUUGAAGAAUCCUAUGAGUUCAAGAAUACUGUGGACAAGCUCAUUAAGAAGACAAACCUAGCCCUUGUGGUUGGAACUAACAGUUGGAGAGAACAGUUUAUUGAAGCUAUCACCGUCAGCGCUGGCGAGGAUGAUGACGAUGAUGAAUGUGGGGAAGAGAAGCUGCCCUCCUGCUUUGAUUAUGUGAUGCACUUUCUGACCGUCUUCUGGAAAGUCCUUUUCGCCUUCGUCCCCCCAACAGACUACUGGAAUGGCUGGGCCUGCUUCGUCGUCUCCAUCCUAAUGAUUGGUUUGCUGACGGCUUUCAUCGGGGACUUGGCAUCCCAUUUUGGCUGCACCAUUGGCCUGAAGGAUUCAGUGACUGCAGUCGUGUUUGUUGCGUUGGGAACUUCAGUGCCAGACACCUUUGCCAGCAAAGUGGCGGCUACGCAGGAUCAAUAUGCCGACGCCUCGAUUGGGAACGUCACCGGGAGCAAUGCUGUGAAUGUUUUCCUAGGGAUUGGCGUGGCCUGGUCCAUCGCUGCCAUCUACCACGCAGCAAACGGGGAAGUGUUCUACGUCUCCCCUGGCACCUUGGCUUUCUCCGUCACCCUCUUCACCAUUUUUGCUUUUAUCAGUGUGGGCGUGCUGCUUUACCGGCGGAGACCAGAGAUUGGAGGUGGCUAUCACCUCUGCAAAGAGGAUAUUGAACCAUCAGCUCAGUCAGUACAGCACCUCUUCUACCCACAAGGGUUGUCCUCAGACUCGACAGUGCUCCUCCUCAAACACGCCCCUUCAGCAUAGAGAAUUCUCCAUCCAUGAGGAGACGGGAAACCAGCAAACCUUUAUAUCAGAAAAACCAAGCACCUCCAACUGUCUACAUCCCUCUUCUUUCCCUUUACUGUUGGGUGACAGGCUCAUCCGUUGUCAGCUGGCUGGACUCUGUGUUGCUGAGGCUAUCAAAGUAAAGGACCUGAUAACAUUGCAAAAUCCUACACUCCCUAUGAGCAGGUGUCAAGUGGCUACCUAGCAUCCCUCCUGGCUACUUGAAAUUACAAGUCAGGGGCCUUCUUCUUCCAUGCCCUGCCGCUUGUGCUGUCAUUUCUACAAAGAGCAUGGACAAUGCUUCCAUUCUGUGUCAGUAGCAUUUUACACUCACUGCUCAUUAACAUGAAUGAAGACACAAGGCAACAAAGUCAGGACGUAGACAUCAAUGCUUGACUGUCACCCCUCAAGUGUUGUCUGCUAUAAUCCCUUAGUGAGUUGGUAUCUGCACAGGGAAUCAGGUGAUGUUUGUCAUCAGUUCAGGCCAUGCUUCCUCCCACUGCUUUUGGGGUUUUGGUUUGUUUAUGCUUACCAUCUAUGUCAAUGUACUCACACCAUUUGAUGAGAUGCACUGACAGUGGUGUGGACAAGAUGGAGAAGAACAUACAAAGCUGUUAAAAAAAUAUGACCUUAAAAAAAUUGUCCAGCUCACAAACAUACAGAGAGAGCCUCCAAACUCUCACUGGGAAAAAUGAUUCCUGCAGCUUAUAUCCAGUUGUGACAGUGAGGGAAAUAUCUGCUCUUUAGGUAAGACAGUUUCUUCUCUGAAUAACCAGGUCUGCCAUUCUGACCCAGCCAGCCAAAAUAUUACGUGAUUGCAUCAUAAGAUUUACUGGCUUGGGCAUUUUGUUCUUGCUUUGGGUGGGAGGGAGAGAGUUGUUCUUUUAUUUCCAUUUUUUUCUCUGUGUAAAACUUUUCAUUUCCUUUAAAAAAAUUAAAGCUUUUGAUCCAGUUGGGCGCAUUUCUUGUGUAUGUUACAGCUCUGGAAACAGUCUACAAACUAAUCAAGCUAUUUCUGUUACAGGCUAGGCGGGAGGAAGCAUAGGCAGCAUUAUGUCUAUUUUUAAAUGCUUGGAUGGCAUUCAGAUGUAACAGUGAUGGGGGGCCAUAUAAGUACCUAAACAGAGAGCAAGCUCUUGCAGUUUUCUGGAAGGGGUGGACCUGAGGUAAAGCCAUAAUAGUUGUGAUCCAGCCUCCAAAGUUUCAGAGAGAGGGGAAACUCAGUGCUAGGGAUAGUUAUUCCAAAAAGAGAAAUUCUCAAGACACAACAAAUUUUGUUCUCUGUAGGCUUUGGCACCAGGAAAUAUGAGAGAUUCUUUACAAAAACACAAGGAAUCUGUCUGUCCUCCCUAAAAGCUGAAUGAGGAUGUAUGCUGCAAAAUUGCUUUGUCCUUUGGAAAACUUACUUCCCCAGGCAAGUCUGAUGAGUCAAUUGUAUUCUUGCAAAAUGCAACUUAGGCUACAGUAAAUACAAGCCCAAUUCCUAACCUUUUAAGGACUUGUGCCUGCCCCAAAUAGCACUGUGGGCACUGAAAUACUAAGCACCUCCCUGAGAAUUAUAGCAUAGGUCUACUCCAAAACCUUCCAUACGAUAUGUUGUAAAAACCCGCAGCCUCUACUGUCAUUUUCCAAAUUCCAGUUAUCAUCCAUUUUUUGUCUGCUUCCAAGUCAAGUUAGAAAGGCAUCUCGCAAAAAUCCAUGGCCACAAUGGGGUGCCCUGGCAUGGAUACUGUCUACCUUGACAAAGCCCUGGCUGGGAUGAUUUAACUGGGAAUUGGUCCUGCUUCGAGCAGGGGGUUGGACUAGAUGACCUUCAGGGGUCCCUUCCAACCCUGAUAUUCUAUGAUUCUAUGAUUCUAUGAUACCUCAAAGGAUAUUCUCCAUCUGUGGAGUCCCACUGAGACUCCGCCCUUGCCCCAUGCAAUUCAACAUCUUUAUGACAUCAUUAGGGAAAACUGGGGUACAGCAUGGCCAAAAAAGCCAGCACUAUGCAGACAGCUCCACAUCACUUUUACGUCAGACACAUAAAGUAUCAUUUCAGUUAUCCAGAGAAUGGCUGAGAUCAGUAACUGGCUGGAGCUAAGCCAGGGACAUAAUGAGGCGAUGCUGGUGGAAAGAAGGAAGCACCCUGAAGAAUUCACCAUCUCUGUAAAGACACUCUGCCUGGAAUCAGCCUGCCCCCAGAUCUUUAAACAGGCCUCAGCCUCAGGUUCCUCCUGUAGUCCUUGCUGCUUCUGGACACCCAAAAGCUACAGCCAUGAGACACACUUUAGUCUACAACUCUAGAGAGGACUGUUCCCCCUGAAGACUGAUUCUCCCUUACUACGGUGAAUUCCAGUCCUGAUUGUGGUGAUUCUCGUUUACCUUUUUGUGGGUAAAAUUACAAUAGUUAACAGAGUGGACAAAUAAAAUCAUGCUGGCAAAUCAAUAAUAGACACCAUUUUAAUGGCUACUGUAUCACGGCCUCUCUCCCUACAAGUCUUAUGACUAUGUAUAUCACCCAUGAAUUCUGGACAAGUCAACCAUGAGUUACAGCGAAUUGCUUUUUCUGGUACCCUUUGAGCAAAAGGCCAAGUGUCUUUCAGUACUUUUGUAUAUACACCAUUCAAAAGAGCAAUGCGAUCCAUUUUCCCAGUCUGGUGCACUGGAUUAUUACAAAGACAUGGUGCUGUUUUAGCUGGCAGUGGGAUAUUUCCAGUUUCAGCUAUUACUCAGAGGGAAAGAUGGCAACUCAUUGUCUACUCAUUAGCUGUUUUUCUCUCCAUGCCAGGGCCUCUUGGGGUUGUAAAUGCCAAACAGAGCACCCCCACUACUAAUCCUCUGAUGUGGGUGUUUCAUAAAGCCCUGGCAGUCAGGACUAUGGGGCUGAUCAAAAGCACUUGGAAGUAAAUUAAAUCAUUGGAAAAAUUUCUGUGGGUUUUGGAUGACAUUUUUCAAUACAUUUCCUUAUUCUUACCAGGAAGCUAUGCAUCCUCCAGACACAGUUCUUUGCUUGGCAUCUUAGACAUACCAGCAAUCUGCUGUUAUUAAAUCCAGUGGGCUUUAUGAAAAUGUAUUAUAACUUGGCCCCUGAUUUUUAAAGUUCUUCCCUAAAUUCAGUCCAGCCUACACUGGGUAGGAAGGAGAGGUUUUCUGUCCUCAAUAGCCACAAACUAUUGUCAUGGCUGAUUGUGCAUGGCAGUAUCUCCAGUAUCCCGCUGUUAUAUCUUAAGAUUCCCUUGUUAGGAAGGUCUGAAAUGCCAUGUGAAGAUAUUGCUUGGUUGGACAUUUUUAAUUAAAAAGGCAACCCAGUUUGAUGCACUGUGCCAAUACAAAGCACUGAUUGUUAUAAUUGGAGACGGAAUCCAGAAAAACAAAAGAUGGCUAAAAAUUUACUCAAAGCAAUUACUUUCUCUUUUCAGUAUGAUCACAUCCCUUUGGAAGGGAUUAAUAUUCACAAAAUGGCACUAACCGAAGCCAUACUGCUAAAACAAUGUGUGCAUUUGAAUGCAAAUCUACUUUGAGAUGGUAAGGAAGUGGGAAACUGAGAUGCCAUCAUUCAAAAUUCUUAACAUUAGCCUUUAAGUAUUAAAGGAAAUGAAAGCUAAUUAUCAAAUUCCCAAUUACAUUCAUCCUGCUGUUUCUUUUAGGGGAAUGUUAUCAAUUUGAUCGACCGUUUGAAUGAAUGCUUAUCUAGGAAGUUGCUAGCACUCCAGGUGCCGAGUGUAUCUCAAUACCUUUCUAAAGAUUUUUACUUUUUGGUCACCUUUUUUUCCAUGUUAAUUAAACCCCACAACAGGCUAGCUAUCUCUGUUCCCCUCCAAUGCUCAAAAUCAGGCAGUGCUUGCUAAGCUACUGUGUGCUAAUGCUGAGCUAUUUCCAAGUGAUUUGACCACAAGGGUUGUAUUUCCACAAUGCUAAUCCAACUUGGCAGUUGUUGGCCUCACAGUCUUCUCUACAAAGUGCCUCUUCCUACACCCUAUAACAGGGUGAGCUGUUUUUCACAAUAUUCUCAUGUGGCUUGAUGGUGUAAGGCCAGGCUUCCUCCCACUUCAUACAACUGACAUUCAUUCAUUGACCUGUUUGAAACAUACACUCAGAAGUGAAUAGCUCCUCUUAUAGACCAUUCUCCUUUCUCUGUGGGCCUGAAGUCAAUGGGUUUUGGAUCAGACUUUUAUCUGGAUCUAAUAUCAAAGGUCUGACACCUUGCUAGGUCAAACCAAAAGUUCUUUCUGGCUUGAGUUUGUAGAAAUGAAGUAAAACUCUCACAGCCUUCACAGUAUGAGAAGAGAACAUGGGCACAGCAAGCCAUGCUGCUAGUUCAGAUAGCUUAGUGUUGCUUCCAAAGGAAUUCUUCUGUCACAUGUUAAUGUGCAUCCCUUUUAUUGUGUUGUUUUAAUUCUUUCAUGAAUUAGAUUGUUGAAUGUUAAACAUUUCUGCUGCAUUUCCCUACCUGUCAAACUCCGCAGCUAUUCCAGUUAACUGGCCCCUUCCUGGGCUCUGUGUUUACGCAGAAAGUUAUACUAGUUCACUGCAGGCUUUGAAGUCAAUGAAUAUUUUUCAAAAAGAUCUACCUAGGAAUUAUUUUGGGGAAAUUCUAUGGCCUGUGUUAUACAGGAGUCCAGACUAGAUGAUCACAAUGUUACCCUGUGGCCUUGGAAUCUAUGAACUUGUCCCACAAUACCAUAUCUGUUCUUUGUGCUAAAAGCCUUUCAAACUCGCCAGAGUUUAUCUGUCUCCUUGCAACUUUUUUUCUAAAAUAGAGAGAAUUUGAAAGAUGCCAGUUCCUAUACUUUAGUGCCAAGAGGAAGAUUAAUGCAUGACUGAUGGGAGCAGAAGACAAUGUAAUUCUUAUGCGGAGGACUUCAGCUUGAGCGAAUCUCUCCAUUUACCUACAUUUAAAGCUCACAAAACAUCAUAGCUUUGCACAAAGCUCAAAAACAAGACAGGUAUUUUUUUCUUUAUCUCCUGUCCUCUCUUCCUUUUUUGCCCCAAAUAGACUGAAAUGUUUUUUUUUUCCCCACUUUAUUUUGAAGCAGAGGAGUAACACACAGAAAACAGCACACACAUAGAGCUGGGAUGGUAAUGGAUUUUUUGUUUGGCAAUUUCACACAAAAAAAUGAGAGGGGAAAAUUUAGUUUUGGGUCAACCUGAAAAUGAAUGUUUUUCAACAAUUUUCAGUGAAUCAAAAAGUAAAGAAAAAAAUUAGUUUUGGGUCAAAGAAAGUGGCACAAUAACCCAGCUAACAUGACAUGCUCAAGCCAGGAUCCUGCCCCUACUGCACACCCUAAAUGCUCACAGCAGAAUUUGGCAGGGUUGAGGCAAGAGGAAGCCUUUCUCCCCAAGCCAUCAAUUAGGAGUGAAGCCAUUCUGUACCUGUUGCUCUAGCUGAAGACUAGGUUAGCCUGAGGGCCUGUUUUGCCUCCAGAUUACCUGGAAAAAGGGAAAGUUUGGUGAGGUUUUCAUAUUGGUGGAUCAUCUCAUGUUGACAAUUCCCAUUCAACACAAUGAACUGCAGCAGACAGCUAUGUUAGGUGCUCCCUGCAAAUCUGGGUUCCAGGGCUUGCAAGCAGGGAAGUACCCCUGUUCUAUCUCCUGGCUUCUUGCACAGCUGGAGAGGAAGGAAGGAAGAGCACAAUACUGUGAUUUCUAUUUGCAGUUACUUAGCAGAGACAGAGGUAUUAUGGUGAUGGGACUUUUUUAAAGGGAGGCAGUGCAUGUGCAAGACCAACGAACCCUAGUCAUUGGCAGGCAGGAUCAAAUAUAGGACCUCUGGCGUUUAGUGUAUGAGCCUCUACUGCUUGAGCUGUAAGCUAACUGGCUGUUAGCUAAGGCUAUAGAGCAGACUCAUUUUAUAUCUUUCUCUAAGUGGUCUCAGUGUUUCUAGAUAGGACAGAACACCACACCCAGAAGGUGUGUGGGUUAGAUUAUUGAACACUACUACUCAGCCAACUAGAGCUCUAUUCCCUACUCUAACACUGACCUGAUGAGUGAUUUUGGGCAUGCCUCAGUUUCCUUAUCUGUAAAAUGGGGAUAAUGAUACUUAACCAUGCUAAAGCGUUUUGAGAUCUAAGGAUGAAAAGUGCCUUGGAAGAGCUAGGUAUCAUUAUUAUUGAAGUUAGGCUCCUAGGUCCAUACUGAGACACCUAAAGAAGUGGCCUGCUUUUCAAAAGUCCUGAGCACCCAUCUGCUCCCAUUGGCUUCCAUGGGAGGUGUGACGUGCUCAGCAGUUUUGAAAAUCAAAUCACGGUACUUAGUACAGUAGCUUCCGCUUAUUGGCAGCCUCUUGAUUCCCAGCAAAAAGCUGCCAUUAUCCAGAAGCUGCCAAUAAGCAAAAGGCAGGUUUGUGGGACUACGGCCAAAGAAGCAAGCACUGGAAUGUGCUUUCUCUGGCUGCAGCCCCACAACCCUGCCUGCACCCAGGGCUGAGCAUGUCCCAGAGCUUCCUUCCCUGGCUGCAGCCCUGCAAACCAGACUGCAGCAGGGACUUUCUUCCAAAAAAAGUUGUUACUAAGCAGCAUGCCUGUUGCCAAUAUCUGAAUCUUUAAAUUUGAAGUCAAUGGGAUAGGGUUGGUUCUUGGCAAAAUGUUUCUAUUAAGUGAAAGUUAUACUGUGAUUGCUAUUAAGUGGCCUCCACAGUACUAUACAGGUUUUGGAGCCUAACUUGCAGCACCUCCUUUUGAAAAUCUUGGCCAUGGUGCCAGUAUCUGUAGCUUCUCCACAGCCAGAGAGAAGCUGCCAGGAGAGAAGAUCUGUGCUGUAUAGGAGAGGCUUUUGAGUUCUGCAAGACAGGUAUUGAGAACUUGACAGCUAAGCAACUCUGACAGGAUUCUUUGAAGCUGGUAUGCAGAAAGCUCUGAAACACUGAAAAGUAAUGAUUUUAAUAUACUUUUAUAUUUAUUAUUAUUGACUUAUGGGAAGGAAUUUUGUAAAGGAGAAGACAAAUCAAAACACAUGCCUACCAAGCUUACAGGCAAAUGCACACAAAAUCUGUCUCUGUGCACAUUUUCAUUAGCUGUUUUUCUGUGUCUUAUCCUGCAUUGUUGCAUACAGAUGCUUUUCUUUUUGAUGAAUUGUCUGGAGGUGUGGGGUUCUGUUGGAUUUGAUUAAAGAAACCCUUUCCUUAUUUUGAUUAGGAAAAGUUAAUACAGAAAGGUAUAUAUUUUUUUUAAACUGGCCUGACUAAUCUUCUUCAGAUGCCAUAAGCAAUAUUGUUUCCUCUUUCAAUCACAAGUCACUAAUUAUUUAGAGCAGUGUGUAUGUGUGUAUGUAUGAGAUUUGGGUUAUCCUUUCUUCAAUGUCUUGUUAUCAUGCUUAGCUUGCUCCUUUAGCCUUUCCUCUCAAAUCCCGCCUGCUUCAUUGACCCACCCAAGCCCAUCAGUCAAAGAAACAUGGAGAUGUAAUUAAAUGACAAUUUAAUCCCCCAUGAACAGAUUAAAAUGAAUUGAUCAUCAUUGUUAUUUCCAUCUGUUCGCUCCAUGUUGAGUCUUUGUGUUUUAAGCUUUCAAUAAAGACAUGCACAAGAAGGGACCAUGUAGAAAGACUACUUGUCUUGUUAUUAAUCAGAAAACAUGCACUAAUUUUAGUAGCUCAAGAUAACAAAAGAUUGCAAUAAUACCAUUGGCAUGACACUGAUUACAUUAGCAAGAUGGAAAGCUCUAUUUAUUUUUCCCUGAUGACAGUUUAGCUUCAGGCAACACUGGGGAUAGUUUUUCUUAAAAAUUUAAGCAUUUUACAGUUUUAAUAGAAGAUAUAGACAUAGUCCUGAAAAUAAGCAUAAAACAACCAGUCAGAAUCAUCCUUUGAGGGCAUAGUUCAAUAAAAGGAUUGUCUACCAGAAAUUCUGAAGAAUAGUUUUAUUUGUUGGUUGUUACUAUUUUCAGUUGUGUAGGUUUCCAGAAAGACAGCUAAGUAUAUUAAAUUCAAACUUUUCUGCUUAAAAUAAACUUUAGGUGACGAACAAAUGUCACAAAAUUCAAUGUCCAGGCUGAUAUUCCCAUUUGUAUCUCACAUAAUUGUGUAAAAGAGACAUGGGAUGUAUUAAGAACCAAAUACCUUAAAAUCCUCAAUUUAGGCAGAAAAUGGUUAAGUUGAUACUGAGGUCCAUUGAGGUGAGCAUCAUGGCUUAUUAGCUAAGGGUUAAACACUGAGCUUCCCUGGGCCUUGGUCAAUAAUCAACCCAAAAAAUCUCAGUAGUCUCUGAAAGAAGAAGUCACUAAUAGCUCUGUUGUUAGACAGAAUCUACAUAUCUUCAUCAACAAUACCAGGAAAUCUCUGCAUUGUGGCUAUGAUAUCUUAGCAACAGGUUGUUUGCCUUUCCCCAGAAAAACUAUUUAUUUGUAUUGUAGUAGCAUUGAGGAGCCUCAGUCAUGGACCAGUGCUAGGAUCAAAUUAAGGACAUGUCUCAUUUUGGGUAAGGAGUCACUACAGGGCAGGGAGGAGAUUUCUAAAGUACACUAACACGUUACACAUAUAAUUGAUCUGUAUAGACCCUGCUGGUGUGCACAGAGGGUAUGUCUACACUGCAGUUAAAAACUUGUGGAUGUCCUGUGCCAGCUGACUUGGGCUCUGGCUGUGGGGCUUGUUAAUUGUGGUGUAGAUGUUGUGGCUCUGGCUGCAGCCUGAACUCUGGGAUCCUUCCAUCUCGCAGGGUCUUAGAGUCCAGGUUGCAGCCCAAACCUGAAUGCCUGCAAAGCAAUUAAACAGCCCCUUAGCCAAGCCCAAGUCAGCUGUUCCCAGGCCAGCCACAGGGUUUUAAUUGCCAUGUAGCCAUACCCUAAGAGUUACCUAGUACAUUUAAACUAUCAUUGACUUCAGAGGAGCAACUCCCAAGACUGCAGGAUUUGCUAUAAUAGUCUGGAGGGGAGACAAAGUCACCACAGAAGACAGUGGUAAGAAACCUAUAUAAAUAGAUUUCUGAUGAGUCAGUCAGGAAGCAAAGUUUUGCAUAGGCAAUCUAACUGUUUAAGAGUUUUGUUUACCUCUGAGGAAGUAAAUGGUAGAAAACACAACUCUUUUAGGUAAUCAUAAAUCAGGAUUUACUUCUUACAAAUUUGAUGCUUUUGCCUUUAAUCCAUGAUCUAGUUAGCUAGGUAUUUGGAAUUUUUUUUUAAUGGAGCACAUUGCAAAUAGAUGACUGCAAUCAAUCCAAGGCAACUGGCAUGUUUUUUCAGAGUGAUCAUUAUACUUUCAAAUGAAUGGAACUGCAAUUUGGAAAUAUUUUAAAAUAAACUGCUCCCCUUGCAUCCAUAUUGGAGCCUGAAAGUUGGGGACUGUAGUAAAAGUGAUGAAGCAAUGCUAUAGUGAAAAUUGUUUAACCCUAAUGUACAGCACACAAGUUAGAGUUUACUGUUACACUCAAUAAUAAUUAGUAUGUGUGAUGUCGUACAAAGAGAGAAAUAAUCCAGAGUUCCUAAUCCAAUGGUUUUACAUUUUACUCUCAGACCUGGUUUCAGUCCCCUAUCUCCUUUGGAUACCUGGGCCAGCUUUUCAGCUGAUGUAAAUUUUCAUAGCUCCACUGACUUUAGCAGAGCUGCAGUAAUUUACACCAGCUGAGGAGCUGCUACAUGGGCCUUUCAAAGCUGAAGAGAACUAAUUUUCUCUAUUGGGGUCUGGGCUGGCCAGGUGCAGCACACCCUUGACUCUCACUGAAAUGAAUAGGAGUUGAGAAUGCUUAGCAUUCUCCAGUAUAUGAUCCUCAAAGAAAGAAGAUUUGCUUUAAUAUUUUACGUUUGCAAGCUGUUUGCUUGUUUGUUCUUAGAAACUUUUGUUCUUUUUUUAAACACAAAAGUAUUGUGAUCAUGGUGAAACUGAGCCCCAGGAUGACUCUGAAUGAGCAUGUCAUAUACUGGUUGCUCACUAGUCCAGGCUGGGAUUGUGUGCAGUAGUUCCACAGACUGCUGGAUUCACAGUAAGAACCUGUUAUUUGUAUUUCAGUAGUACUUAGAAAGCCUCAACUGUUCUCAAUGACUCCAUUAUACAAUCACAGUUAAAAACAGUCCCUGCUGCAAGGAGCUUGCAACUUAACUAGUCAAUGAGUGGGAAGGGAAACAGCUAUGAAGUGACUUGUGCAAACUCCCACAGCAUUUCAGCAGUAUGGUCAUAGCCUGACUCCCAGGGUCGGACUUUACCCACUAGACCAUACCACCCAGCUUCUGUAAAGGCUUAUUUGUAUUUUCAGUUAUCUUAUUAGCAAGCAGUUUUUAAAGUCUAGUGCUUGGAGCUUCAUAGCUAAGGGAGGAUGCAAAAAAAAAUGUAGGAGAAUACUCCUGAGGCAUUAAAAUCCAUGGCAUUUCCCCACUGACUUGAAUGGGAGCAGGGUCAAGCACUGAAACCUGUUUUCACAAGUCAUUGCUUCACACAGGGUGUAGGGAGAGAAGGAAAUGGGCAGACAAAAGUGGGCUGCAUGAGAUUACUAGAGAAGGUUCUCUGUACAGGACCCCAUGUUACAAGAGACAAACAUUUCAACACCCAUGCAUAGUUGUGACACUGCUGGACCUAGUUGUGACCCAUUGGGAACUCGUAGGUUAUGUGGGAAGCCAAAUGUUCACCAAGGUGAAUUCACAACAGUGAAAUCCUGUGUCUCUAGGGAGGGCCGCCCUUAGCAAGGUAAAACUGUGAAUGUAUGGUUUAGGCUCCCUAAUUCAUGGGACUAGGAGGCAGUAAAAGUCAAGUAGGCAGGCACAUGAGAGAUACUAGUGACAAGAAAUAUCACUCAUUGCUUUGUGUGAGAAAUUAGCCCAAGUAUUCCUGGGGCUGUAGCACUAAGCCUGAAAUGUAUCUGCACCUUUAGAAGUCUCUUUGGGCAUGAACAAGGCUCCCCAAUCCCUGUCUCUCUUGGGCCACUCAUUGCAUGUUCCCUAUGUUCCUGUUGCACUACUAAGGCAAUAUUUCCUUUCCUCUCUGUAGUGUGCUGCAACACACAUUCAUUGCUAAAGUGCCUGCCAAACUAGCCAGCUGCUUCUGAAGGGUCAUUCUGAUUAGCUAUCACUACUUCAUUUGUUCAUUGCUAUGGGGGAAAUGACAAGAUUGUGUUUUCCUCUUGUGCCUGCCUAUUGCAGCCGCCACUUCUCCUCUGCUCAGGAUACUGGUCGGAACAUAUUCUCACCCCUCUCAGGAAAUGAUUAACAGUGUGUGUACAUAGGGGUGGGAGUUAUGACUAUCCUGCUAGUUAGCCUAACUGUUACUACAUCCCAGCCACUCUCUCUGCUUUGCAUGCUCAUUUAGUCAUUUAUCGUUCAAAAUGUGAGUUCCGUUCUUUCACCCCGGCUAAAAGCCAACAGCGCUGCACAUAUUACACCUCCACAAUAAAUUAUACCAUGAAUAAAUAGCAUUGUCUACAGAUCCUUCCUAUUAAAGGAUGCCACUGCAAAGCGUUGGAAGAGGAGAAUAGAUUCGUGUGGAUUUAAAUCAUUAUGCGGGUCUCAAAAGUUUGGAUUGAGUUUAUUUUCCCUGCCUGUUUUAGCUUUGUAUAUACAGCUAGAAAUAAGAUAUGCAGAUGAGUGACCUCAAUUUGCCAGAUGCAACCCUAUGUUUGGUUGUUGGUUAAGAAUGUCUCUCCUCCCCCCGCCCUGAUCCCCCAGAAAAAAAGUUUAACCUCUCAAUGUCUUUCAUGAUUACUUUACAAGUAAUGCAGCUACACUACCAGAAAAGCCAUAAUAUUUGUUGUUACAGCUAUUAUUAUAAUGGGAAGUCUCCCACGUUUCAACAAUAAAUAUUUGUUAAUCGAAGCGGUCACAUGUGAGGGACACUUGUAGUUUAUUGGGAAAUAACUAUGUAAUGCUAUAUAUUCUGUACAUGCUGUAUUAAAAAAACUUAAAUGUAAUCAGUGGUGUAUGCUGAAGAGAAGAUCAGGGGGAUGUCUGGAAUGGGGAAACCUCCUUUCCAAAAGCACAAGAUUGUGGUCCUUGCUGCUUCAGAAGGAAAACCCUGUUGGUGUUAAAAUAUUUUCACAAUGAUUUAUUAAGUAAGUGUAUAUUUUUGUCAAUCUCAUUGCAAGCAAGGGGAACAGUAAGUAGUUUUAACAGUGUUCUAAGAUUGGGAAUAAAAUCUUCCUGGAGUGGGUUGGUUGAGUAAACUCUGAACAGGACUUGGGGUAUAGAAGAAAAAUGAUUAAGACCAUUAUGUGUAUACUGUGCUGUACAAAGUUAACCUUACAAAUGGUUUAUCUUCUGUGGAUUCAGGAAGGAAGGGAAAUAAACACCUUCAUGGGGGAGAGAGAGUGCAAAUUUUUCUCAAAAGUAAAACAUACUGUAUAGUAUGUCUGUUAUUUUUUUUAGAAACUCUUAGUACAUCAAGCCUUGCAUUUUACCCCUAUUUACCAUCUCUUGCAUAUAAAUUUUGCAUAUGCCACUGAAUGCAAAAUCUAUAAGCCUUACAAGGAGAGAUUCAGUUAUCACCUGAUUUAGAAUUAGGAUGUACAGCAAAAGUAGAUGAUAAUACAGCAUAUUUAGCUUGUUUCAAUGCUAAUUCUUUGAAAAAGAUCAAGUACAGUGUUUCUGAACACAUUGUAAAAACUUGUGAUCUUCUAAACUGACCCCUACUGUUAGCAACACCUGUUUAAUAUUUUCUGUGGUAUUAAUUGCAAAUUUUGAAAUAAUGGAAGAGAGUUGUGUUAUCCAGAAAAUGUGCUAAGCUCAUAUAUUUUUAUAUUUGUGGUGUUUUCCUAUUAACAUAGAGUAGUGAAUGAAUAUCAAUAAAGCUGAACUAAAAGUGAAAUAUUCAAAAUGGAAAAAUGCAGAACAUAUUUGUAAUAAUUUAUUGAAAAUAUUCUGCCAAAGAUUGUUUGCUCAAGAUCUGUAAAGUGUGGUUUCUCUUUUGCUAUGAAUGUCAUUGUGAAGGUACCACCACCCUUUCUUUCACCCACUAUCUUGUGGAGAUCACUGUUUUGUAUAUUUAGGGACAAAGAAGUGUGCCAGGCUUUUUUUUAAUAGGAGCAUUAAAUAAAGUAAUUGGAAGACAUGAGGUGACUUUGUCAGUCAUAUUAAAAUGUUGAAGGAUAAUGUUGAAAAAUUGUAAACCCUUAGUUCUUCUAUUACUACCAGCAGAUUACAGUUUAAAACCUUGGAGAAUUCUAGAGAAUCAAAGACAUCACCUACAGCCCCAAUCCUCUGAACACUUAUGCCAUUGUGUAACUUCACUUACAUGAGUAAUUCCACUGGCUGUGUGCAAGGUUAGGGUCAUUCUAAUGGUACACCUGACUAAAGUGGAGGUUAUUUAUGAUUUUUGGUUUAUGGACACUAUCUCUUUAUUGGGCCAAUCUUGCAAGAUUCUGAUUGGGAAUACUCAGAACCCAACAGGAGAAACACUCCACUGAGGUUCAUGGACGUUGAGGAAACCCAGCAAGGCACAGGAUCAGCACUAUUUGUUUUCAAGCAUUUGAAUCACCUUGAACAAUGAGUUAGGUCCUGAUUCAGUGAAGCACUUAAGCAUAUGCUUAAUUUUAAAUACAUACUUAAGUGCUUUGCUAAAUUGGCACCUUAAGAAAUAAGGGCCAGAUCCAGAGUCCCUUGUAAUCAAUGGGAGACUUUCCAUUGAUUUUCAAUGGGCCCCAAAUCCUUCUCCUCUCAUGCCUGUGAAUAUUCCAGUUAGUUCCAAAACUGUAAGCACAGAAUUCUCCCUGAAGUCAAAAAGAAGUUUCAUUGAUGCCUACCACAACAAUCCCAUUGACUGUGCUAGGAAUAAGGCAAGCAGGAUUGAGCCCUCAAUGUAAAAUAAUACAUCAGGAAGAAGUUUAGUCACCCUACACAAGCUUAAACAGUCCAAAAGUACUACAUCCUUUUAACAGAGAGAGUCUGGGAGGAAUGACAAAUUGGGUGUUUUGUAAAGAGAAAAUUUUGAUUCCCUUUGUUAAUUUCAUUUUUAAAUACUGUUAUAAUGCUUGGAAGAAUUUCACUUUUCUUAUCCUUUGUGAUUUUUAGACUUGUUUCCUUGAAAAUAUACUAUCAGCCAUGUCCAUUCAAAUCCAUCAACAAUGCUGCUAUUUUUGGCUCAGGUGUUUUAUUUCUGAGCAGAUUAAUAGUUUCUUGAAAGCUUAAUCUAUAAAGAAAUAUCAUUAGAACUAAGUGGUGGUAAAGGAAUGAGGUCCCUGAUUCAAGAAACCACUUAAACAUGUGCUUAACUUUUAAAUUACUUUAAAGUUAAGCACAUACUUAAGUGCUUUACUGGACAUGGGCCUAGAUACCUUGAAAUUUAGAAAAUUAAUUUUAUACAUUAGUUAUGUGUGAUUGAGGUGCAUGAGCCAGUUUCCACAAAACACCUAACAUCAUACUGUAUUUAGUUAAGAAUCUGGACAUCAAAUGAAUGAUGUUUGUAUAGCAAUGGUAUUUCAUCAUGGGAUUUGAAAUAGUUAGAAACUUUUUGUAGCCAUGGGAACUACAUGAAGAUUGAUUCCUAGUACUAUGUACAUUCAGCUCUAUGAAUCCAGAAUUAUACGGUUGCUGUAUUACAGAGAAAUUAUUCAUGAAAAUGGUUGUAAGAAGAAUUGGGUUUAUGAUCACUGUGCAUUUUGUUAAUGAGGUGAAUUCAAAUAGUUUUAUUUUUGCCAAAACCGAUAAUCUUUAUUCCAGUAAAUACAAUUGCUGAUUUAAUAUAUAUUAUUUGAAUGGUUUAUAUCCUCUUGAGCUAAAUACAUAAAAUGGAAACUUGUUGCAAGGUAUGUCAUUCAAAUGUACAAAAUAAAUGACUUUUUCCUGCAUGCUGCUUGAGGUAUGUUGUGAUUUAAAACUAAGAGUUAUAUUUGAAUUGCCUUAUGCAAAAAGGUUGUAUGUUUCAUAACCCAGAAAUGACCUGACAUUGUUUCAUCACAUUACAUGUGUAUCUGAUGCUGUGUUAUGUCAAAUUCAGAUAAAUUGUCUGUCAUACAUGUAUCUUGUGGGAGACCUUUUAUCUUGUUAAACUGUAAUAUGUAAACCUCAUUUCCUGAAAUAGUCAGAGUUGUAUAAAUCAGUGUCUUCAGUUAACUGUUUUCCUAACCGUGCCACAUAUCCUAACACUGAAAUAUAGAUGUUUGUAAAUUCUUCAUUAA